AUGAAUGGUUUGUGUAAAAUAAGCAAGACUAGUGAAGCAAUUCGGUUGUUUAGAAAGAUGGAAGAAAGAAAUCUUGAACUUGAUGUAGUGCUGUAUAGCACAAUCAUUGAUAGUUUAUGUAAGGAUAGAUUGGGCCUAUGCAAUUGCAGCCUUUGGAAUGAGGUAACUAAACUAUUAAAUGAGAUGGUGGAAAGAAAAAUCAUGCCAGAUGUGCUUACAUUCAGUAUAUUGGUGGACACAUUUAGUAAAGAGGGAAUGUUGAAAGAAACAAAAGAAGUUUUUGAUGUGAUGAUUCAGAGAGACAUAGAGCCUAACACAAUCACUUACACUUCUUUGAUUGACGAUUACUGUUUGCAAAAUAGAAUGGAUGAAGCUGUCAAAGCAUUUAAAACGAUGGUUAGAAAGGGUUGUUCGCCUUCUAUUGUUAGCAAUAGCAUAUUGAUCCAUGGAUAUUGUAAACAGAGAAGAAUUGACGAGGCGAUGAGUCUCUUUUGUGAAAUGUCCACAGAAGGAAUUUUUCCCAAUGUUAUCACUUUCAAUACUCUUAUUGAUGGCUUGUGUAAGAAUCUUCAUCUUCCAAAGGUAAUGACAUUGUUUCAUGAGAUGGAAGACAAAAAGUUGGACCUUAAUUUUGUGAUUUACAACAUCUUGAUUGAUGGUAUGUGUAAUGCUGGGAAACUAACGACCGCAAGAGAGCUCUUCAUUACUCUUCCUACGAAAGGGCUUUGCAAAGAGGGACUACUAAUUGAAGCAAGGGAGCUAUUUGAGAAAAUGGAGGAAAAUGGUUGUUCACCUUACCAUGUCACAUAUAACACAAUCAUCCAACGCUUCUUGCAACAUAAUGAGACAUCAUAUGUAGUGAAAUAUAUCAAGAAGAUGGUUGACAAAGCAAGGGAGGUCUUUAAUACUCUUCCUACCAAAGGUUUGCAAGCUGAUGUGUGGACUUACAAUAUAAUGAUCAAAGGGCUUUGCAAAGAGGGACUACUAAUUGAAGCAAUGGAGCUAUUUGAGAAAAUGGAGGAAAAUGAUUGUUUACCUGACCAUGUCACAUAUAACACAAUCAUUCAAGGCUUAUUGCAACAUAAAGAGACAUCAUGUGUAGUGAAGUAUAACAAGAUGAUGGUUGACAAAGGUUUCUCGGCAAUUGCAACCACUGCGACCAUUUUGAUCAAUUUGUUGUUUACUAAUUAG